AUGGCAUCUACGGGCUCUGGCUUCUGGUCCUUCGGGUCCGAAGAUGGCUCCGGGGACCCGGAGAACCCUAGCACAGCAAGAGCCUGGUGCCAGGUUGCCCAGAAGUUCACCGGAGGCAUUGGAAACAAACUCUGUGCCUUGCUGUAUGGAGACGCGGAAAAGCCGAUGGAAACCAGCAACGAGAAGGAGACUCAGGGAUCAACGGAUAAAAAGACUGUUUGCACUUGCAAUCAGAAGCCCUGCAGCUGCCUCAAAAUGGAUCUCAAUUACGCGUGUUUGCACUCAACAGAUCUGUUGCCAGCUUGUAACGGAGAAGAGGCCACUUUGUCUUUUCUCCAAGAUGUAAUGGACAUUUUGCUUCAGUAUGUGGUGAAGAGUUUUGAUAGAUCAACAAAGGUGAUUGAUUUCCAUUACCCAAACGAGCUUCUUCAAGAACAUAAUUGGGAAUUGGCAGAUCAGCCACAGACCUUGGAGGAAAUUUUGUCUAACUGCAGAACAACUCUAAAAUAUGCAAUCAAAACAGGUCAUCCUAGAUAUUUCAAUCAGCUUUCUACUGGAUUGGAUAUGGUUGGAUUAGCGGCAGACUGGCUAACAUCAACAGCAAAUACUAAUAUGUUCACCUAUGAAAUUGCUCCAGUGUUUGUACUUUUGGAAUAUGUCACAUUAAGGAAAAUGAGAGAAAUUAUCGGCUGGCCAGGAGGCAGUGGCGACGGGAUCUUUUCACCUGGUGGUGCCAUAUCUAACAUGUAUGCUAUGUUGAUUGCACGUUUCAAGAUGUUUCCAGAAGUCAAAGAGAAAGGAAUGGCAGCUAUUCCCAGACUGGUUGCCUUCACAUCUGAGCAUAGUCACUUUUCAGUGAAGAAGGGAGCUGCAGCCUUGGGGGUUGGAACAGACAGUGUGAUUCUGAUCAAAUGUGAUGAAAGAGGGAAAAUGAUUCCAUCUGAUCUGGAGAGAAGAAUUGUUGAAGUUAAACAAAAAGGAUUUGUUCCCUUCUUUGUGAGUGCCACCGCAGGAACCACUGUGUAUGGUGCAUUUGAUCCCCUUCUAGCUAUUGCUGACAUCUGCAAAAAAUAUAAGAUCUGGAUGCAUGUGGAUGCAGCCUGGGGUGGCGGACUACUGAUGUCCCGGAAACAUAAAUGGAAGCUUAAUGGUGUGGAAAGGGCCAACUCCGUGACAUGGAACCCUCACAAGAUGAUGGGCGUCCCCUUGCAGUGCUCAGCUCUGCUGGUUAGAGAAGAGGGGUUGAUGCAGAGCUGCAACCAGAUGCAUGCUUCCUACCUCUUUCAACAAGAUAAACACUACGACUUGUCUUAUGAUACUGGAGACAAGGCUUUACAGUGUGGGCGCCAUGUUGAUGUUUUCAAACUAUGGCUAAUGUGGAGGGCAAAGGGGACCACCGGAUUUGAAGCACAAAUUGACAAGUGUUUGGAGCUGGCAGAGUAUUUAUACAAUCUUAUAAAAAACAGAGAAGGAUAUGAAAUGGUGUUUGAUGGGAAGCCUCAGCACACAAAUGUCUGCUUCUGGUAUAUCCCCCCAAGUUUACGGCACUUGGAAGACAAGGAAGAAAGAAUGAGUCGUCUCUUAAAGGUUGCCCCUGUGAUUAAAGCCAGAAUGAUGGAGUAUGGAACCACAAUGGUCAGCUACCAACCCUUGGGAGAUAAAGUCAAUUUCUUUCGCAUGGUCAUCUCAAAUCCAGCAGCAACUCAUCAAGACAUUGAUUUCCUGAUUGAGGAAAUAGAACGCCUUGGACAGGAUUUAUAA